UAAAACUAUCGGGUGAUAGCGAGUUCGACUUUAUAAACGUGAAAAACGGAUCCUUUUGUCGUUCGUCUUCAUUCAUCAUUGAAAAGCAUAUACCCUGUUUUACUCCGCCUUCACAAAAGUAUAUAUACUUAAUAGAGAUGGCUUCGGAUAUAGCAUUCAUUAAAAAGCUGCAUGCCGGAAGAAUAGGCGGUGGCAUUGAGGAGAGGGUGAAAGAGAUGGAUCCGGUGAUAUUUGACAGCAUACGACGAAUGGUGCCCGGGAAAAAGAGAGGACGUAAGAUAUGUGAGCUCGUUGGUCGAUUGACUGGUGUCUAUUUGAAAAUGCUGCCUGGGGAUCCGCUGGAUAGCCAAGAUGGCGCGGGUACUAAUGACUUGAGUGGCAUACCUGGGCUCAAAGUACACUUUACUGAAAGUUCAGGGAAUGGGAACGAUAGAUUGCGAGCAACCAAGAUUCUCUCUAAGAUCUUUGAGCCGAAGAAUAGUCAAUCUAUGAAUAUUAGGAUUGAAUUAAUCAUCGAGUCUGAUGCUAACGGUUCCAAUUUCCUCCUCGAUAAUGUUAUAGUAAAAGAGGCGUUGAAAAAGCUGGAGAAGGACUAUACACUCAAGGGCAAAAAGAAUGCCAAAAAACAAAAGAAGGGAAAAAAUAAUGACGAAUCACAACGGGGUAAAAUACGGAUCGAGGUGGUCGUUAAAGAACUCGAAGUUAAUUAA